AGCUUAUAUUUCUCUUAUGCUUCCUGUUACAGAAAAAAUACCCACUUUGCCAAACCUGACUCCGCUCCUGAUCACAAUAGAUCCUGACCGGGAUAAUGUUGAGGCCAUGGCGAGAUACGUCAAAGAGUUUUCUCCAAAGUUAAUUGGCUUAACAGGGUCCCAAGAGCAAAUAGAACAGGUAUCGAGGGCGUACAGAGUCUAUUAUAGCCAAGGACCUAAAGAUGAGGACAAUGAUUAUAUUGUUGACCACACAAUAAUCAUGUAUCUUGUUGGACCCAACAGUGAAUUUGUGGAGUACUACGGCCAGAACAAGACGAGUUCUGAGAUUUCUAGUUCUAUAGCGUCACACAUGCGAAGUUUUAAACACAAGUAAUGCAAAUAUUUGAUUUGUGCACGUAAAAGGAAAAUAGCUAAAAUCAACCUGACCAUUUCUGUGAAAUAAAGAAUACUAUUUCGAAUAAAAAAAACACGAAUA